AUGAGGAUGAGAAUCCACGCUAUUCUACUGGUCUUCACUCUCUGUCUAACAAGCAGCAGAGCAGAGAGUGCUGAGGAGCGGCUUGUCAAUUUCUUGCUAGGUCCAGAACGCUACAACAAACUGAUCAGGCCGGCCGUCAAUAAGAGCCAACAGGUCACCAUCUCUAUUCGGGUGUCGCUGUCUCAGCUCAUCAGUGUCAAUGAACGAGAGCAGAUAAUGACAACCAACUUGUGGCUGUCUCAGGAGUGGAAUGACUAUAGGUUGAGGUGGGACCCGGAGAAGUACGAAGGUAUCAAGAAACUACGAAUACCGUCCAAACUCCUCUGGCUUCCUGACAUUGUGCUGUACAACAAUGCCGAUGGUGUGUAUGAAGUGUCUUUCUAUUGCAAUACCGUGGUCUCCAAUACGGGGGACAUCUUUUGGCUCCCUCCAGCCAUCUACAAAUCAGCAUGCGCCAUUGAGGUUCAGAACUUCCCCUUCGACCAGCAGAACUGCACACUCAAGUUCAGGUCGUGGACAUAUGAUCACACAGAAGUUGACCUGAUUCUCACCAGUGACUUUGCCAGCCGUGACGACUUCACACCCAGUGGAGAGUGGGAUAUUGUUUCACUUCCGGGACGCAAAAAUGAGGACCCAAAUGAUAUCACUUACCUCGAUAUCACCUAUGAUUUUGUUAUCAAGAGGAAGCCGUUGUUUUACACCAUCAAUAUGAUCAUCCCCUGUGUGUUGAUCACCUCUCUGGCUAUUCUGGUGUUCUACCUGCCAUCAGACUGUGGUGAGAAGAUGACGUUGUGCAUCUCAGUUUUGUUGGCACUCACUGUGUUCCUGCUACUUAUUUCAAAGAUUGUACCGCCCACCUCCCUAGCUGUUCCUCUCAUUGGUAAAUACCUGAUGUUCACCAUGGUGCUCGUCACUUUCUCCAUUGUGACCUCCGUGUGCGUUCUGAACGUCCAUCACCGCUCCCCAUCCACUCACCAUAUGCCUGAAUGGGUGAAUCGUCUCUUUUUGGUUCAACUUCCCACUUUUCUUCUCAUGAGACGUCCAGGGGCGACUAAUGUCCGUGAAAAGCUCAGGCGGAAGUAUGGUGACCGGAACGCUGCAAGAAAAAGUCCUGCUCAGACGUCAACUGAUCGACACCGGUCAAAUAUAAAACUCGGUGGGAUUCAAACGGAUUCCGACUCAUUCUAUGUGAAUGCAGACUGGGCCCACAAGUAUUGUUGGAGGGUGGGAGAUAUCCCAGAUGCGGGUGGCGGAUGUUCCGACAUUCAGAGGCCUUUGCGCUCUCAAUGGGAUGCCGAUCUGGAGGAGGCGGUGGAAGGAGUGAAAUACAUCGCUGAGCACAUGAAGACAGAGGAUGAUGAUGAAGGGAUCAUAGAAGACUGGAAGUACGUAGCCAUGGUGAUAGACCGUCUGUUUUUGUGGAUCUUCAUCCUGGUGUGUGUGGUAGGAACAUUGGGGCUCUUCAUGCAGCCUCUCUUCCAAAGCUACAACACCCCCCCUGUCGAUGAUGCUGAGUAA